AUGGCAGGUGAACAGGGGCCCACACUCCGUCCUCUCUCCCCAGCUUUCCUCUCUGCUGGCCUCGGGGUAUUUGCCCCCUCAGAGACCUACCCUUUGCCCAUGACGAGCUCCAGCUGGGAGCCCCAGCUGGACUCCCUGCUACCAUCAGGCCCUUCCACCAGCUCCACAGGGGCCCAAGCCAUGGCUGAGCCCACAGAGCAGGGCCCCAAGAACCCAUGUGUUUCUGGUGUGACGGUUCAGCUGGAGAUGAAGGCUCUGUGGGAGGAAUUCAACCAGCUGGGCACAGAGAUGAUUGUCACCAAGGCGGGCAGGAGGAUGUUCCCCACCUUCCAGGUGAAGAUCCUGGGCAUGGACACGCUGGCUGACUACGCCCUGCUCAUGGACUUCGUGCCUUUGGAUGACAAGAGAUACAGAUAUGCCUUCCAUAGCUCAGCCUGGCUGGUGGCGGGCAAGGCGGACCCAACCACGCCUGGCCGUGUGCACUUCCACCCCGACUCGCCGGCCAAGGGCGCACAGUGGAUGCGCCAGAUUGUGUCCUUCGACAAGCUCAAGCUGACCAACAACCUGUUGGACGACAACGGCCACAUCAUUCUCAGCUCCAUGCAUCGCUACCAGCCACGCUUCCACGUGGUCUUCGUGGACCCACGCAAAGACAGCGAGCGCUACACGCAGGAGAACUUCAAGUCCUUCAUCUUCACGGAGACCCAGUUCACGGCCGUGACGGCGUAUCAGAACCACCGGAUCACCCAGCUGAAAAUCGCCAGCAACCCUUUUGCCAAGGGCUUUAGGGAGAGUGACCCGGACUCCUGGCCUAUAUCUCCACGGCCCCUGCUCAGCGUCCCGACCCGGAGUCGCAGCAGCCUCCGCCCCUGCGUGCUGAAGGGCUCCACAGAGCAGGAGAAAGACCCCAACAAAGCUCCAGCCUUCACCUCCAGGACCCCUGCCAGGCUCCACCAUCAGCUGCUGGCUCCCCCUGAGGCUCUGCUGGCCCCAGCCACCUACCGGCCCCUCACCUACCAGGGCCUGUACCCUGGAGCCUCAAGCCCCCUCCGAAUCCCAAGGGCCUGACCGACACCAUACCCCCUACCCAAUAUCCAGGCUGACAGGGAUCAGGGGAGCCUCCGCUUCCCAGCUGGGCUGGGGCUCCUCUCCCCCACUGCAGUGCGCCUGGGGCCUGGCCAGGACCCGCAGUGA